AUGUCUUCAAGUAUCAAUCAUUACAAGUAAAAUUCUAAUUUAAAUGAUAGGUACACUUGUGCAUCAAAUUAAAAUACAAUAAUAGAUUAAGAGACUGUUGAUGUAUCUGAUGUUGAAAAUUAUCAUGCAUUAUAAAUUAAGAGUUUAGAUUAUCUAUUUGUAUGCAAAAAAUCUUCUAAGUGUCUUUACUUAGUUUCAUGUAUUGAUAGCUAUGAAAAAUAUUAUCUAAAUACAGAUAAUGAUAUAUCAGAUUUUGUUCUUGCUUAUUUUGAACAUUCAUAUUAUUUAAUAAUAAUCCAAAAUAAUGAGGUAAUUUAAUUUUUCAAAAUUGAUUGUCAAUAUCAAUUUUCUUUGACAAUUGAGCUCAAAAUAGAAGGAUUAUAAUUACCUAAAUUAUAUUCUUCAUAAUAAAUAGGAGCAAUUCUAAUUGAUAAUACAUAAAUAUAUCUAAUUUAAUUAGACAAUAAAAUUAUCAAAUCAUAACUAAAACAAAUAGCAAAAUAAGUAAUUAUUUCUAGAUGUUUAAAAUAUAUAUUUGUUCUUACUUAAGAUUCCAAAUUAUAAGUUCUCAAUUCGAAAACAUUAUAAAUUAUUAAUGAACAUAAUCUUAAAUAUACAGAAUCAGAACCUUUAAAAUUUUAAUUAUUUGAACAUAAUAAUUAAAUUUCUUUAUUUACAAUCACAAUUUAAAAAAGAAUUAUUUUUUGGACUUUCGAAAAAGAAGAUUUACAUACUUCAAGUCUAUUGCCAAAUGAAUCUGUAAAAUUUAAAUUUAGUGAAAGGUAAUUUAUAUUAAAAUCUAUUUAAAGUAAAUAAGAAGUAGAAUUAAUUGAUUUUUAAAUAGAUUCGACAUAAAACUUUCUUUUCAUUUUAUAUCAAACAUAAGAAAUGGCUGUACAAAUUUAUAUAGCUCAAUUGAAUCAAUCUUAAGUAAUUAUAUUAAUUAUCAUACAAUUUAGAUAUUGAAAAAAGAAUAGAGCAAAAUUAAACAUAUAAAAAAAUUUGUUAAGGAAAGAUCAACUUCUUCAUUCUUUAUAUAAUUUAUAAUACCACCUGAAUAAACAACAAAAUUCUUACAUGGUGGAAAUAAAUGUGAAUCUGAAAAAGAAUAUUUAGAAUUUUAAUAAGGAUUUAAAGAUUUCUAAAAUUAAGAAUUAGAAUUUACAGAUCAUGAAUUACCUUAUAUUUUUGGAUUAUAAUCUGAAAAGAAAGAUAAAAUUGAAUUAUGUUGGUUUUAUAGUGAUCUUGUUCUUGGUGCAGUUUUACCUGAGAAUUUACUUUAAUUAUAUGAUUAAAAUACUUCAAAGAAACAAGGUUCCAGUAUUAUUCAAUAAUCUCAAUUAAUACCGCCUCCUUAUAUUAAAGAAGAAGAUGUAUAAUAAUUAUAAAAAUAAUAACGAUGGGAAAAUAAUAACAAUAUAUAGAAUAAUAUUAAUUAAAUUGAUCCAGUUAUUAAAGCAAAUGAAAUAAUAGAAAAUGAACUGAUUCCUAAAGUUUAAUAAUGUUAACAAUAAUAAUAAUUCUAAAUAAUAAGUAAUGAUGUUAAAAAAGAUUUAAUUGAAGAUAUUACAUUUAUUUUUGACAUUAAAGAUUUAAUUGAAAUUUAAGUAAAAAAAGAUUUAGAUAAGUUUGGUUAAAAUGAUUAAUAAGCAUUACUUAAAUUAGAAUAACAAUUUAAAUAAGAUUUAUGUUAAUUAGAAAUUUAAAUGGAAAAUGUUGUUACUUAAAAUUUAGAAUUAUAUUAAUAAACUUGUGAAAACUUUUUAAUGGAUAAUUUUAAUUAAGCAUAUUUUGAGUAAUUAAUCGAUGAAAGAAUAGGUAAUCAUUUGAAGUUGUUAGCUAAUCAAUAAAUAUCUUAACCUGAAGUAAAUAUUAUAUAUAUAUAUAUAUAGUGUACAUAAUUAAUCUAAAAUACAACUAAUGAUUAUUUAAAAGAAUAAAUAGGUUAACUUUAUUAAGUUGAAUUAGCUAAAAUGUCUUAAGGAGUAGUUUUAAUAUUUGAUAAAGUUAUUUAAUAUUUUAAUGAUAUGUAAUUCAUAGACUAAACUAAAUUGGCUAAUUUUAAUGCAUUCAUUGACAAUUCUACUCAACAACUAUAAAUUUUAAGUAAAAAUAUAUCCUAAUUGGCUGAAAAUAAUAGACCAGGAUAAGAGGCAUUAUAAAAAUUAGAUUAAUUGAUAUAAUAAACUGAAUCUAUGGUAAAAUAAUAUGAGGAUGCUAAGAAAGGAUUAAAAUUAGCAGAAUUUUAGUAAUAAUAACCACCUUAAUAAAAUAUUUAAUCUGAGGAUAGAUUAUAAAAGAUAGAAGAACAUAUUGUUAAAUUAAGAAAUGAUUUAUAAGUGUUAACUUAAAAUUAAUAAGUUUAAAUAUAACCUGGAACAGGAAUGGAUUAAUUUAUUAAAGGGAUGGCUGCUUAAUUAACAUAAUUAUAGAUUAAAUUAACAACCCCUUAAUUGAACAUAUAAUCAAUAUAAGAAAUCUUGAAUUAAUUGAUAUUACAAUUUCAAUAUUUUAUACUUAAAUUUGGAUAAUGA